UUUUUUGCAGAUGAUGUGGUUCUGAUGACUUCAUCAAGCAGUGAUCUUCAACUUUCGCUUCGCAGUGUAAAGCGGCUGGCAUGAAAAUCAGCACCUCCAAAUCUGAAGUCAUGGUCCUCAGUCGCCCCUCUCCGGGUCGAGGACGAGAUCCUGCCCCUAGCGGAAGAGUUCAAGUAUCUGGGGGUCUUGUUCACGAGUGAGGGAAGAACGGAACGGGAGAUCGACAUGCGGAUCGGUGCGGCGUCUGCAGUGAUGUGGACUCUGUAUCGGUCCGGGAGGAGGGCCCGGGGAUGACCUAGGAUAUGCUGGAGAGACCUCUCUUGGCUGGCGAAGCUUUGUCAUAUUAUUUAGUGCACUAUACGCUGAAAACGGUCAACAUUUUGACACUACAUCAGCAGUCCGCUGGCGAUGGCGAUGGCUGCAGUACCGCACGCAACCGUGGCGGCGCCAGAGAACCCACGCUGCCCCGCUAAAGAUGUGAAAAUGGCGGAGCUACAAAUGCUUUUGGAAGAGGAGAUUCCAGCAGGUCGAAGCGCUCUGCUGGAUAGUUUCACGAAUUUGGAAAGAGUCGCCGAGUAUUGCGAGAGCAACUAUGUCCAGUCUCCAGAUAAGCAGCGAGCCCUGGAGGAGACCAAGAAUUACACCACUCAGUCGCUGGCCAGCGUGGCGUACCUGAUUAACACGCUGGCCAACAAUGUCCUGCAGAUGCUGGACAUCCAGGCCUCGCAGCUACGCCGCAUGGAGUCUUCCAUCAACCACAUCUCUCAGACGGUGGACAUUCACAAAGAGAAGGUGGCCAGGCGGGAAAUUGGCAUCCUCACCACCAACAAGAAUACAUCCCGCACACACAAGAUCAUCGCCCCAGCCAAUCCAGAGAGGCCUGUGCGCUACAUCCGCAAGCCUGUCGACUACAGCCUGCUGGAUGACAUGGGCCAUGGAGUCAAGUGGUUGCAAAGGUUUAAGGCGAGUGCUCAGAGCAUGAAAGCUGGUGGUGGAGGUGGACUCCCUCGCACGAACCCCCCGACACAGAAGCCGCCCAGCCCCCCUAUGAGCGGAAAAGGGACUCUUGGGCGACACUCCCCAUAUAGGACCCUCGAGCCGGUGCGUCCUCCCGUUGUCCCUAACGACUACGUCUCAAGCCCGACGCGCAACAUGGCGCACCCCCUGCAGAGCCCAGCACGCAAUGCAUCUGUUAAUCAGAGGAACCGCACGUACAGCAGCGGGAGCAGCGGAGGCAGCCACCCCAGCAGUAGUCGCAGCAGCAGCCGGGAGAACAGUGGCAGCGGUAGUGUGGGUCUGCCCAUCGCUGUGCCCACCCCGGCCCCGCCCACUGCCUUCCCAGCCCCUGCCCCCUCCAACACAACUAAACCUACAUCCAACACUGCCACAACCCCUGGUCCCAUACCCCCCGUCCUUGACGGCCCCUCCCAGGCCUCUAACCCGCCUACUGAGAUCCCGCAUGUGCCCCCACCCCCUCCCCAGCUCCCCACCUCCGCAGCCCCCACUGGCACAGGACCAGCUACUUAUGGAAACCCUGCACAAGGUGCCCCUCAGUUCUACAGCAUGAACCGCCCGGUGCAGCCACCCCAGAACGCCCAUGUGGGAGGCUCGCUGCCGUACCGCCGCCCCUCGUCUGUCACCGGCCAGCCUAACAUGAAUCAGAACCAGCUCAACGGUGGACCACACUUUGCCCAGAAUCAAGGCCCACUUGCGCCCCCUCCCCCCUCCAUGCAGAUCACCCCUCAGCUGCCCCUGAUGGGCUUUGUGGCCCGAGUUCAGGAGACCAUCUCAGAUGCGCCGCCCCCGCCGCCCCUUGUGGACGAGCCAGUCUUUGAGGACCCUACACCUCCUCCACCGGAGGACUAUGAGGAUGAUGAGGAAGAAGAGGAGUCGGCGGUGGUGGAGUAUAGCGACCCGUACGCAGAGGAGGACCCGCCCUGGGCACCACGCAGCUACCUGGAGAAAGUGGUGGCCAUCUACGACUACAGUCGGGACAAAGAAGACGAGCUGUCCUUCCAGGAGGGCGCCAUUAUCUACGUGAUCAAGAAGAACGACGACGGCUGGUACGAGGGCGUGAUGAAUGGAACCACAGGCCUCUUCCCAGGCAACUACGUCGAAUCCAUCAUGCACUACGCUGAUUGAGAAACACCCCUCCCCCUCCUCUGUGCAAUGAGGGAGAGAAGCAGUAAAUUGGGAAGAGGAAGAAUGAGGGGAGCCAAGGGUUAAAGGUGAAAGACUUUGAACAGACAGAGCAUGAUCACCUCUGGAAUGGGAUGGAAAAUAGAGCCGACGCCCAGUCAUCCUCUCCACCUUAACCACCACUACUUUUUCCCUGUUAAGUUUCUUUCUGGCCAAUCUGGAUUGAUUUUGGAGAGUUUGUGUUACACAACGAGGCAUUUUCUUUUGAAUUUGUUCAGCCAAAUUGCCCUUAUUUUAGAGUAGAAUAUUUAUUUUGAUUCUGUGUGGGAUUCUUGUGUGCGGGCAAAUGGCUGCUGAGGAGCAAGAUUUCCAUGUUGAGAACGCCUUCGCAGGCCAGAGGCAUUGGAGAGAAGAUUUCUCCUUGGACAAACAUGAAAACAUGCAACAAGUGUUUUUAUGUGGGUGGGGGAUCUUGUUGGGGUGCCGCACCAACAGUCAUGAUAAGCACAUCCAAUGUGACACACUGCUUUAUAAAGGUGGGUCAAAGAAGGCAAAAAAUGUGUAUAUCCUAUUACGUUUACGCUAAUGGAUGGUCACAAGACCCUCCAAAGACGUGAGGAGUGAAAUCGUCAGUGGCACAAUGGUGAUUUGUGUAGUGUGCAGCUUCUCUCAUGAAUAAUAGAAGUUUAUUAGCUCGAGUGGCAAGGUCAGCCACCAGCUCUGAGCUACUCAGUUGCAGUGUUCUUAAACGGUGGGGAUGAAUUUUCUUUUGUUUUAGUUCUUGAAAAGGAUUUGCAGAGUGGCAUGUUUCUGCUUGAAGGAAAGAAAUGGCUCUGAUGUGAUGAUUUAUGUCUUAAUAUUUUUAGGUAUGCUAGACUUUAUUUUCCACCAAUGAUGAUGCAUUUAGGUCAUUUUGAAGACACUUGUGCCAUAUUGAGAUGUUUGUUGGACAGAGUGGGAUGGCUUUUUUCCCCCCUCCACUUUUUCAAGUUGUUUUAACCAAAAGAACAUGCGUUUUUAGUGAAAUGAUGUGGAACUAAUAUAAAAAUGACAUGUAUUAUGUCCUCCAGACAAGAUUUAUUGAAUAUGAUAAGACAGCUGUCGUGUUGAAAUGGUUUAAACCGUCACAUCUGAUACCUCUGUUGUGAGCAGUUUGAAAGGUGUAUCAUUUUAAAUGCGGUUGGCAGUGUAUUAGCGUGGCCUCAGUACUUAAGCCAGAAACUUUAUUUUCUAUAUUAAAAAAGAAAGAUAUUCCAGUGGGUCUGUAUGUGAGUCUUGCAUGACAUUAUCUGUGCUUUCCCAAAAACCCACAUGGCAAAAUCAGUCAUUCUAAAAAGAAGCAGUUGUGAGCCGCCUCAUCCAAAAACACUGUUUAAUUUCCCUUGGAGUUCACAUCCAAAGACUUGCUCUUUAAACUGAGGGGGGAGCGAGGAGGAGUCGGGUUUGAGAGAUGGGGUGGGGGGAAAUGGAGAGCCUGAUGGGCAGUCCAGUAUCAAUCCAUGAUGCCAUUGUGUUGCACAUUUGAAGUUAAUUUGCAGGAGUCGCAUAUUUGUAAACUCCAAAGAACAAAGACAAUAAAGAUAUAAGGAUUAAAUUGCAGUAGUUUUCAUUGUCUCUAACCUGUCAAGAGAUUUUGAAUCGCAGUGUUUGUUUUCAAAUGCCCCAUGUGCUGUUGCAUGCUCAGACAUAACUAAUGUGUGCAGAACUCAGAGAUGGCGCUUACAUACCACUCUGGCAGCUACGAGAGUGGGAUUUAAAUGUCAUUUUUGUGUUAAGGCCCUGAGGUGGAAAAGGACAGCAGUGAAAAGUGAUCUUAACAUGUGCAGACAGGAUACUGACAGGAAGCUGUGGAGUUGGAGCUAAAAGGGAUUUUUGUGUUCAAUUGUAUUAUUUAGCUUUUGCAGACAUGUUCUAACAAUCUGCUGCUGAGACUGUCAUCUGCCUUCUCAUUGACACUCACUUAAAAAGAUGUAAAAUGUUUGGAAAGAAAACCAUGAAUUACCUGCAGCCUUGAUUUUCCUGUUAAAGUUAAUUUGGGAGUUUGCUGAAACUUGUACAGUAUAGCGAUUUCAGCAUGUGUAUUUUCUCGUUGUAUAAUAAUAAUAAUGCAUACCACUUAUUACUUUUAUAUAUAGGGCAUUUCAAGUCACUCAAAGAUGCUUUCAAAUUGCACAUUUUAUUCCAUAGGUGCUAAACUCCAAGCCUGGUGGCCAGAUCCAGACGGCCCCAUCAUUUUUAUGUGGCCCGCGAAAGCAAAUCAUGUGCAUCAACUUCCAUGAUUCUUGCUAAAAUCAGUACCAACAUUUAAAAUUUUGCAAUAAGCAAUUAUAUUGAGAUCUUGCAUUUUUUUUGUUAACAAACAACAUUUGACUGAUACUUGAAUAUUUGAACAAACCUGUCCUUCUGAUUUCAAAACUAGUUAUCCCUCAAUUUGUUGUCUAUCAAUUAUUAAAUGAGUUUGAUA